AUGGAUCUUCUGGACUACGGGACCUCUUCCUCUUCUCGAGCUUCAUCCUUUUUCAACGGACCCGGCGGCGAGUAUGAUCCAACAAGCAAUGAUCAGUUGUUCUUCAAUAUGCUCUUCUUCAACCAGACAUUUUGGAUAGUCGGUAAUCCCCAUAAAGCAGAAGAUCUGAGAGUCAACAUCGUAAACGGUGGGACAAUGUCGUCAUCUUUGACCAUCGCCAGCCGAGUAAUCUUCCUCAAACCAGACGGUCUCACAGAAGCUCUCAAAGCGGCUCACGAUCUUAAAGCAGUCAUUCAAUCUCAUGAAUCUGAUGGCGUCGGCUUACCACUAGGCGAAGGUUGGAUUAACGAUACCUUGUUUCUGGCAAGACCUAUCGAGACCAAACCGUAUUUGAUCAAUGAGCAGAACCUGUUCGUCGAUGGGUUCUGGUCCGGUGGAGGGUUAGGAAGGGAGAGACAGAAUGCUUCCUCUUCUUUGAAGAAGAAACGAUCCAAAAGACAAAAGACAGUACAUUUUCCAAUGUCACCUACCCCUACCCCAAAUGAUCCAGUGUCGCUCGGUCCUUCUUCGUCUUCAACUUCCAUUGGAGAACCAAAUACAGCAUGUUCUCAAUCCCACAUCGAUGAUCUCAUACAAUUUGACGAUCUAUGUACCACGGAUCUCAACAAAGAGGACAAAGAGAGUGAACCUAAGACCAUCCCAGAAGACGUCUAUAAAAACACUGCAAGUCAAAAUGUCAAACCCUUCAUUGUUUGUCAACAACCAGGUGAUAUACUUACUCCGCCGAUCCACAAAGAGUCAGCCGCUUCGGUGUAUCGAUCUUCCAAUGUGGCUCAUCCAACUCAAUCCGCCACUCACGGUCAAAACCAGGACGGACCUGCUAUAAUCACCAUACAAAAUACUGUAACUCCCACCGGUCCUAUUCAUCUCGGUCAGACCGACAAGGAUGUCAAUCAAGAUGAAACUAGUACAUGUACAGCCGGUGUACAACUCUCGUCAUACUCUCAGGCUUUAGAAAUAUUCCAGGGCGAGGGAACUUCCUUCUCUUCUCCUCAAGCCAUUCAGGGAGACAAUGAUCAACAAUAUUGCCCUCAUUCUCAUCCUUCUUUCAGCGGGAAAGAGCAGUUCCCAAAAGGUCAGGUGGACGUUGACAAAAUUAGAGAUCCCGAUUAUGUCGAGUCUGAACCAGAAUUUGAUUCGCCAAUGGCAGAGGAUAAACAGCAAAAGGUCGCAUCUGGAUCCAUAUCCAAGUCAGCUGAAUAUAAUCGAAGAUGGCGUAAUCAGACGACCGUCCAACCUCAAGACACCGUAGCUUAUCGAGCUCUGGUGGACGACCUGAGGAGUCGAGUGGCAGGAGAAGGGUUUCCGAAAGGCGGGAUGAAAGCUUAUUUAAUCGGAAGGGGUAUUCAUUCACUUUACACCAAAUACGGUGCUCUUAUCCGCCAACAGGUUCCUGGUUUACCAAACUCCAGAGCGAACUUCAAGAAAAACGCUGAAAGUGCUGUUAAUCCCAAAUGGCAAAAAUUCAUUGACGAGCAGAACGCAAAGACUGAAGUGGAGAGAUAG